AUGCGCUCCGAGGGCUUGGACACCUACCGCUGCCACCGCAACCUCGCCAUGGGCGUCAACCUCACCAGUAUGUCCAAAAUCCUGAAAUGUGCUGGCAAUGAAGACAUCAUUACACUGAGAGCUGAAGAUAAUGCAGACACCUUGGCUCUCGUGUUUGAAGCUCCAAAUCAAGAAAAAGUUUCAGACUAUGAAAUGAAAUUAAUGGAUUUAGAUGUUGAACAACUUGGAAUUCCAGAAGAAGAGUACAGUUGUGUCUCUGGUGAAUUUGCACACAUAUGCCGAGAUCUCAGUCAUAUUGGAGAUGCUGUGGUAAUUUCUUGUGCAAAAGAUGGAGUGGAAUUUUCUGCAAGUGGAGAGCUUAGAAAUGGAAAUAUUAAGUUGUCACAGACAAGUAACGUUGAUAAAGAAGAGGAAGCUGUUACCUUCCACAUGCAUGAACCAGUCCAGCUAACUUUCGCACUAAGGUAUCUGAACUUCUUCACAAAAGCUACUCCACUCUCUUCUACAGUGACACUCAGCAUGUCUGUGGAUGUUCCCCUGGUUGUAGAGUAUAAAAUUGCCGAUAUGGGACAUUUAAAGUACUAUCUGGCUCCCAAGACUGAGGAUGAAGAAAGAUCUUAAAUGUUCUUAUGAUUCAACAAAAUGAAACAGGUUCUUUGAGAACAGCUUCUGAGAUGCCAGCAUUUACUCAAGUAUCUUUUGUCACCAAAUUUGUACCUUUUAGGUUCAUGUGUAGAUAUUUUCUGUAAAUAAUCUUAU